AUGCAGCCCUGGCUAUUGGAAUGCUCCCAUCCGCAGACAUUGGUCUCUACCUUACAUGCGGCGACAAAUUCUGGAUUCUCAAUUGUCUUGAACAGUCAAGGUUCUGUCAACAUAUGUGUGGGCAUUGGGACCAACAAAACUCAAGUCCUCGAGACCGGACUCCGACCUCAGAAAAAGGUCUGGGCCAAACUCAAGCUUACAAUUGACGGCCGGUCGGUCAAGGUGUCCCUUGCGCCAAAGGCAUUCAAGGUUGAACCGAUAUCUGCUCACACCGCAUUUGAAGCGCAGCUAGAUGGUGAACCAUUGCUAUGCCAACCAGGGCCACUAUUCAUUGCUGCGAACCAGGCAGAUGACUCUUCAAAGCGGUUGGAACGGCGGGCCAGCAACUUCUUCAAUGGACGCAUUGAUAGCUUGACGUUGAAGACGCUGGAUGAAAAACCCAGUGUUCUUGUCAGGUAUAACUUUGCGCUUGAAAUGUCAAGCGACACCAUUGUCGACAUCUCUGGCCGUGGUCACCACGGUACCCUGAUCAAUGCACCGACUCGGGCUGUCAAGGGCCAUGACUGGGACGCGUCAGAAUGUGACUGGACGAAAGCGAAAUCUGGCUACGGCGCCAUUCAUUUCCACGACGACGAUCUGGACGACGCCGACUGGGAUACGGACUUCAGCAUCACAAUCCCUCCCAGCGCCCGCUCCGGUGCCUAUGCAGUCGAGGUGGAGGCAACAAACGGCAAGGACAAGGACUGGGUGACCUUUUUCGUACGACCUACAUCGUGGACCUCAGACAACUCGAACAAAGUCUGCUUCGUCUUCUCCACGUUCACGUACCUUGCCUAUGCUAACGAGCGUCUUUACGACAUGACACGGGAGAACACUGCGGACCUUGGCCCAGGUUUCGACAUCAACAAGGUCCUCAAAAGCAGUGAGUUCUACAAGAUGCAGCGCCGUCUGGACAUCGGGCUGUCGUGUUACGACCGUCACACCGACGGUGCCGGCGUUGUUUUCUCUUCCGCCAAGCGCCCAAUCCUCAAUAUCCGCCCGGGAUAUCUGAUGUGGGCUUUCUCACGCCCACGUGAGCUGUCCGCCGAUCUAAUGAUGAUUGGAUAUCUCGAACGCGAGGGUAUACCUUAUGAAGUUGUAACUGACCUCGACUUACAUUUACGCGGUGUCAAUGCCCUCCAAGGCUUCAACACCGUCAUCACCGGCUGUCAUCCAGAAUAUCACACGAGAGAGUCCUUCGGCGCCUAUACUGCCUUUGCAAGUGGAGGUGGGAAUCUCAUGUACAUGGGCGGCAACGGGUUCUACUGGGUGAGUGCCGUCGACCCUGCUCGUCCGCAUCGAUUGGAAUUACGUCGAGGGGAUCGUGGAGUGGCCCCUUUUGCUCUUCCAGGUGGAGAGCACAUCCACAGCCUUAACGGGCAACAGGGUGGUCUGUGGCGGUCCCGAGGAAUGAGCUGCAAUACAUUGUUUGGUGUCGGCUUCUGUGGCCAGGGGACAGGUCCUGGCGUGCCUUACAAACGCACAGAUGCGUCCAAAGAUCCGCAGUUCUCCUGGAUGUUCACGAAUGUCAAGAGUGAUCUGAUUGGCGAGCAAGGUUUUGGUGGUGGCGCAUCGGGCGACGAAAUAGAUCGCUACGACGUGGACAAUGGAAGUCCUGAAGGUGUUGUGAUUCUGGCCACCAGCACCGGUCACAGUGACGACUUCGGCAUUGCGACUGAGGACCUGACUUUCCCUGCCGUCAACACCCUCGGGACGCAGACGAACCUGAUACGCAGUGACAUAGUCUAUUAUGUCGGCGCCGGUGGUGGCGCUGUUUGCAGUGUAGGCAGUAUCAACUGGUAUUGCUCGUUGGGCUGGGACGACUAUGACAACGACGUUGCGAGGUUUACCGGUAAUGUCACCAAGGGGUUCCUACAAGGGAAGCGGUAG